AUGAACGGCAUCGACCUUGUUGCUGUUUUUGGAGGCUAUGAUCGGGAGGUGUUCAGGUACGGUUCAGUCCUCAAGCUUGCCGCACGACACUUCUUGCUUCAAGUUCGCUGCAAUGCUAUUCAAAAAGGCUACAUUGCUUUCUGGUCCAUUUCAAUUUUUGUUUUGGGCUUUUGGUACGGCCUUGUUUUGGUUGAACAGGGCACACCGCCUGGACAUAUCGUUACAACCUUUUAUGCAAUUUUGACUGCAUUCCAAGGCGUUGAGUCCUUCGCUGUCCACUGGCUCGUCUUGUCAAAAGGCAAAGGCGCAGGUUAUUUCUUGGCCAACCUGAUUAGACAAAAGGAAACCCUGGAGUCUCCGCCAAGUGCCGGCACCGAAGCUAAGAUUGUUAGCUGCAUCGGGGAUGUUCGGUUAGAACAUAUAAACUUUACCUACGAGUCAGAUCCGAGCAAAAAUUGUCUGACAGAUGCUUCAAUGCACUUUCCAGCCAAGAAGAUGACGUUUAUGAUUGGAGAGAGUGGUUCAGGGAAAAGCACAGUUUGUUCUCUGAUUGCUAACCUUCUGACACCGGCUGACGGGCAGGUAACAAUCGAUGGCCAUCCUGUUCAUCAGCUACAAAACAGCUGCCUUCGAAGACACGUUGCACUCAUACAACAGCAGAGCCCCGUCAUCCAUGACACCUUUUUCAACAAUGUGGCACUUGGGCAUAAUUUUCCGUCAGAAGUUACAAUGUCGGACGUUUUGCGAGCAUGCGAAUUCGCGCAGCUAGACUCUGCUAUUUUAAGCUUGCGUAAUGGAGUCUCUACGGUGAUUUCAGCCGACGCUCGGCUGCUUAGCGGUGGUCAAAGACAAAGGCUUGCCUUGGCCAGAGCAAAACUGCGUGAUCCGGAAGUCUUGAUACUAGACGAGCCCACGAGCGCCUUGGACCCUGCCAGUCAAAUCACAAUCAUGAAAGCCAUCAGGAAGUGGCGGCACGGCAAGACUACCAUCAUCGUCACUCACGAUCUGUCCAACAUCGAGGAUCAAGACUUCGUUUAUAUCCUGAAAAAUGGCUCCGUGUUUUGCCACGGCCGAAUGAAUCAGCUGCGGAAUAUCGCAGAAGAAUGCUGCAAUGCGAAAGAUGGAAGAAGAACCAACAGUCGUCACUUUAGCAAUAGCUCGGUCUCAAAUUCCAGCUUCGGGCCACGAGCAACAAGUCAAUUAUCCCCGGCUCAUGUCCAUGACCAUCUCCAAGAGUCGCAGAGAAACUCACUUCUUGUAGCUUCGCCACCAUGGUCACGCGGUUAUAACGACUCCUCCACUCAAAAUUUUGAAAAGAAUACACGCAAACGAUUGUCAAGACCCGUAUCAGUGGGCUGGCAACUAGCCUCUGAUGCGGAAAGCAAACAGAAACAGUUCUCAAACUACGUAGAAAGUCGUUUUGCUAUGUCAGUGGCCGCUGGAGGAGCCCCAACUUCAAAACUGCAGCUCGGGCCUGUCAAGGAAGAAUCGCGGGACACGGUGAAAAGACAAAACGCUGUGGACGCAGAAAACGGCGGCCGCGAUCUGUUUGAUCGCCGAGUUAGAUCUUUGCCUGGCAUCAUCAACACUGUGUGGUGGGCAGUACCGGGCCGGGAUUGCUUUACUCUCAUCGUCGCCAUUAUCCUCUGUCUGAUUGCUGCUAGCGCGACACCAGCCUUUUCCUACUGCCUUGCCCAACUUCUAGCCGCAAUGUGGGCAGAGGCCGGCAAAGAAGUGGGUGUGAAAUGGGCACUGUACCUUGUGGGAAUUGCUGCCAUUGAUGGACUCUGCACAGGUGUUGGCCAUUACCUCUUUGAGAAGGUCGGCCAAACCUGGGUGGACAACCUGAGGAAAACUGCACUCAGAAAUAUCUUGGAACAGCCAAACAGGUGGUCCCAAGGAAUCGACGAGACCGGCAGGCAUCUGGGCCAAUGUCUUGACAGGAACGCCCAGGAGAUGCGAGCCAUAAUUGGCAAAAUCCUUCCUGUCAUAAUAGUCGUGCUGGCCAUCAUGUUCAUCUCGAUCGUCUGGGCCAUGACAAUCUGCUGGAAACUGACAUUAGUUGCAUUGUCACCUUUGCCAUUAAUUAUAGUAAUGGUGAAGGCCCAUUCUAUGGUCAGUUCCAAGUGGGAACAGAGGUGUAACAUGGCAGCUGCAAAUAUCAGUGCCAUUCUGCGAGAAAUGUUGAUCAAUUUUGAGUUCGUUCGAGUUUUUAGUCUUGAAUCAUACUUCAAUGACAGGCAAUUCUCAGCAGCUGGUCAUUGUCUGCGCACUGGGCUUCAGAGAUCGCUCUAUACAGGGCCAUUAUUUGGCCUUUAUCAGUCCAUUGUUAUGCCUCUUGCCGCCUUGGUUUUCUAUUAUGGCACCUCAAUUGCGGCUGAAGAUACGGGUGCCAAUGUCGGAAAAGUCCUUCAAGUCAUCAAUCUCCUACUGUUUAGCAUAGGAACUGCGUUCGAGCUGCUAAAUGGUCUUCCGGAGCUUCCUUGUUCGAAAGAAGCAGCUGCUGAGUUACUCGCAUACGUCCGCUUACCUCGAGUUACCCAACAACCCCUGAAAACCGUUACAGAUCAGCCAUCCUCUCUCCUCCCCAUACGAAUUCGCAAUCUGGAUUAUGUGCCUGAUCGAUUCUCUCCCAAGCUUCUAAACAGGCUAUGCUUGGAGAUUGAACAGGGCAGGUCCUUAGCCAUAGCUGGUGCGUCUGGUAGUGGUAAAUCGACACUGUUGUCGAUUCUGCUCGGAAUAAAUGCACCGAGCAAUCUGGCACCGGGUCAGUUCAAGGAUCAAAAUUUUUGUUUGACUUUUGGUGACGCAUCCAACACCGCCAUGGACGUGCGACAUCUACGUUCCAUGAUGGCAUAUGUUCCUCAAAAGCCAUUUCUUUUCCCUACUACUAUUGGCGAAAAUAUUGCCUACGGGAUUGAUGCAUCGUCCACUCAGUCUCUAAAAGACACUGUUAUCCAAGCAGCCAAAAUUUCUGGAAUACAUGAUUUUAUUGAAUCUCUUCCAAAUGCAUACGACACUAUUGUUGGUGAUGGGGGGCAAAUGUUGUCCGGUGGUCAGGCUCAGCUGGUGAAUGUUGCGCGUGCCUUGGCAAGAAAACCACAACUUCUUGUCCUGGAUGAGCCUACAAGCGCCCUGGAUGAGAAGAGCGCAGCCGCAGUCCGUUCAGCCAUAACAUCUCUUAUCCGAUUAUCGUGUAAACAACAGAGCACCAUGGCUAUCGUUGUUGCAACUCACUGCCCGAAAAUGAUGCAGGCUGUAGACGAGAUCUUGGUUCUUGACGCAGGCUCCAAAGUUGAGCAAGGACCAUACGAGACUUUGGUGGCAAACCGCGGGUCUCUUUGGAAACUAGUUGAUCACGACAGAAAAUAG